AUGUUACUGCGCAUUAUAUGUUCAAGAUUUACAACAAACUCUUUAAGCAUCUCGAAUAAUCCUAUUCAUAUUGUACCUCUUACAUUCUGGCGAGAGAACCAAGCUCGCUUCCUAGCAAUUGCCGCCCUUGCGCGUGAUGUCCUCUUAUUCCCUACAAUAGGUGUAGGCGUUGAGCGGCUCUUUAACACUACUCGGGAUAUCUAUUAUUACCGCCGAGGGCGGAUGAAGUCUCAUACGAUCGAAGAUUUAAUGAUGUUUCUUUACACUUCAAGAUUUGAUAUCGAAGAACAAGAGGCGAAGCUUCUUAAGAAGUUCUUCUCCUAUGAUGAGAUGGAAGCGGCAAGGAAGAGAAGGAUGAGAAGCUUGACGAGAUUGAGAUCGAGCCAAUUAGUGAUGCUGAGGAACAAGAGACUACAAUUGAUGAAGAGAUAG